CAUUUACGCAGUGCUCGUAGUGCUUUGUCGUUUACAGAGGCUUCUUCUUGAUGUUUUCUCCUGGGUCACUCCAUUAGGAGUGUGCGAUUCCCCUGCGCUCAUGGAUUACAGUCACCUGAUGGCGCCUCCGGUGCCGCCGCACAAACCCAGGUCCCCCCGGUCUGCGCGCGGCCAGGGCCGCCUGCUUAAGUGCGUGUUUCUCGGGGACGGAGCUGUGGGGAAAACCAGCCUGAUAGUCAGCUACACCACCAAUGGAUAUCCAACAAAAUACGUCCCCACAGCGUUUGACGAUUUCUCAGCGGUCGUACAGGUGGAUGGACAGCCAGUGAGACUUCAGCUUUGUGACACUGCAGGACAGGACGAAUUCGAUAAGUUGCGUCACUUCUGUUACACGCGGACUGACGUUCUCCUCCUGUGCUUCAGCGUCGUCAGCCCUGCUUCCUUCCAGAACAUCGGUGAAAAAUGGGUGCCGGAGAUCCGACGCCGUUGUCCACUCACACCCGUGUUACUGGUAGGCACCCAGUGCGACCUACGGCAGGACGUCAAGGUCCUCAUCGACCUGGCACGGCGCAGAGAGCGACCCGUCCUGGAAGAGGACGCCCGCGCCCUGGCGGACAAAAUAGGAGCGCUAGCCUACAUAGAAUGCUCUUCUCUCACACAGAAAAACCUUAAGGAGGUGUUUGACGCAGCCAUCUCUGUCGGGCUCCGACAUUCCGACCGAAGAGCCAGACGAGAGCGGAAGGUCCAUAGUACUGCUGAUAAAAUGAAAAUGCUCUCCAAAUCAUGGUGGAAGAAAUAUAUCUGCAUACAGUAGCAAAGAUCAAAGCAAUCUUCUGAGGCUUGGACAAUGUGAUAGACUCUUGUUUGGUGUCACGGUCCUCAAGUGGAUGAUAGUCAUUUGACAACGAAUCAACAAAGGACAGUGUUGCUACUUCAAGGAUGAUGUGAACGGUUGCAGCUAGCUUCCCAGUAACCAAAGUUUACUGUAUGCUGAGUCAUCGCUGAAAGGGUUAGGGCGCGGGAUGAAGAUUUUCUAGCUUUGGGCAAUUGAGUAGAUUUAGAGGACCGUAUUAGCCAUGUUUCCAUCCAUGUAUUGUCACAAAUUUUGGGAUAUUGCAUAAACGACAGAUGGUAAUGGGAUAAAAGGUGUGCCUAAAAUCUUCCAAUCACCUCAAUUAAAGUUGAUAUUUAUUUUUAUUCAAUAAGAAAACAU